AAAUUUUAAUUUAAUUGUUGUCAAAGUGUUUCCACGUUUCCAUAGAUUUUUGUUAAAAAUUUCUGAUUAUUAAUAAAAAUUAUCACUCUUCCUCUUAAAUUUGCCUUAUAUAGACGUAUGAAAAUGCUAAAAAAGGUCAUCCUAUCCACCAUCGCGAUUGCUGGGGCUGGGACUGCCCUCUGGUUCCUCUACAAGAGGAGCAGCGCCAAAGAGGAGGAAGAAUUAGAUCUCGAGCCGCAACCUCAUGCAUUAGAAGAUGAAGCUCAGGAAUUGGUAGAACAAAGGAACAUCGCAGUUCAAGGUGAAACAAAACCGAGUGUAAAAAGAAUGAUUGAUUUCAUCGAGAGAAACAACACAGGAAUGGCGAAUUUGUGUAGAAAUUCGUCAAGGAAACCAAAUCAAUUAUGUUAAAUUUCAUAUUUUUGUAAUCGUAGUUUUUCAAAAUUUUCAAAAUUCCAAGUUUAUAAUAUUGAAAUAUUUUUCCAAAUGUUAGUAUGUUUCCAUUUCUAUAAAUAUACCUUAAUAUUAUGGCGCAGAAAAAAAUCAUUAAUUAAAGUAUUUUUGUUUCAGCUAAUGAUGAAAUUUCUUCAGUUGAUUCUCCGAUUUCCUAAAUUGAUGAAUAAUCAAUCAUUGUUUUACAUCUGUUUUCUUUCUCUACCAAAUCCUUUGUAAUUGCAGUUAGAGGUGGCGGCGGAAGUAAGGUAACAUAUUUAGUUAGCCUAUGUAGUGGCGCGGAGAACACAUAUUAACGACAAUCGAGGGAAGAUUGAGUAGUCGUUGGGAGUAUUGAGGUAGAUUUUUAUUUAAGGUUAGUAGACUUUUCAAGGGAUAUCUGAAGGUGGAGGGAGGUUGAAAACUAGCUGGGGGGUGGUGGGCUAGAUACGAGGUUUGUAGUCAUCGUUCUUAUUUUAUGGUAAUGUCUGUAGAGUGGGGGAAAUCUAUUUAGUGGCGCGGAGAACACAUAUUAGCGACAAUCGAGGGAAGAUUGAGUAGUCGUUGGGAGUAUCGAGGUAGAUUUUUAUUUAAGGUUAGUAGACUUUUUAAG